AAAGUCAGAGUCGACUUUACCAUUCCUGUGCGAAACAAAGGAAAACCAGUACAGAAAAAUUACGGAUUAUGAUAAAAGUGAAGGCAGAAAAGUGAAUGAGACGUCGUGUUUGAAUUAAAGUUUCAAUUAAAAACCUGCAUCUUGGAUUCAAAAGAGUUUGGAUUCAGAUAAACCAGACAAUAAAUUUACCUGAAGUGUAUUUUUUAUGAAUAUUAAACAAAAAUCGGAAAAACCACCACCCUCAACUCCAACGUCUAGCCAAUUUGCACAGCAAGUAAAUCAGUAGGGCAGAAAAAGCCAUAGGAAAGGAAGGGAGCGGAAGCAACAGCGAAAUCAACGUAGUCUCAGCCGCUGUUCGCGUCGACGUCACAGAAUUUGCUGUGAACACUUCUCUACUCCCGUCGAUUUCGUCUGCGCCGCGCUGCCGUUUAACCGUCUACAAAAUGAAGUGUUGAGUGUGUGAAUGCGGGUGUUGGAGACGUUGGUGCUGGUCACUUGACACGAGAAAUUACAGAAAAAAUUGCAGCAUAAAAACUUAUUUGCGUCUGAGCUGGCACAAUUUCUAUGUAGAGGUAAUAACAGGUCACCCCCUAGUACAUGGAAACUGGUCAAAAUUCAUUUCUAACAUCCACCCAUCGUCAAGAAAAAAAUUGGAAAAAGCAACUCGCCCAGAGCCGUAAUCGCCAACACAAUACCCAAGGAAUAACAAGAAUUGUCCAAAACACAAUUAAAAUCUUAAACGACAUUUUUGCGAACUGCUAAAGGCCAUGCCUCACACCCAAUAACCGACAACCCACCACCAGCCGGCCGCGCAGUGCAUAACUCAUUGAGACCCUUAUCAGCUUCGCAUAAGAAGCAUUUUCGUCGUCGGACAUUGUAGCGAUAAAAACUCAAGAAAAAACACAACAGAACAAAAUAAUAAGACACAGCGUGAAAGCAAAGCCAUUCGAAAGCAGCACAAAAUAUAGAAAAAAUCACUCGGCGCUAAACUCCUUUCAAUAACUGGGAAAAUUUCUUAUUUUGCUGUUGUUGUCAUUGUUGUUGCGUUGGUCAUUUAGUGGGUGUUGCUGCUGUUUCUAAUCGUUGGGAAAACGCUGCACAUUAGCCAAGCAACAUGGCACGCGGCUUUGAUCAUUUAUUUAAAUUACUAAUUAUAGGUGAUAGUGGUGUUGGAAAGUCAUCAUUGCUAAUACGUUUCUCAGACGACACAUUCGCCGGCACUUACAUUACCACUAUUGGGGUGGAUUUCAAGAUCCGCACGGUUGUUAUCGACGGACUCCGCAUUAAGUUGCAAAUAUGGGAUACUGCCGGACAGGAGCGCUUCCGCACCAUAACGAGUACCUAUUACCGCGGUACGCAUGGUGUGAUCAUUGUGUAUGAUGUAACGAAUGGCGAAUCCUUUGCGAAUGUGCGUCGGUGGUUGGAUGAAAUACAGAACAAUUGCGAUGUGGUUAAUAAGGUGUUGGUGGGCAACAAGAAUGACGACCCCGAUCGCAAAGUGGUCAUCACUGAGGAUGCACAGAGAUUUGCCCGCCAAAUGGAUAUCGAACUGUUCGAGACAUCCGCCAAAGACAAUAUCAAUGUAGAGGAGAUGUUCCUCGCCAUAACGCGGCAGGUGCUGCAGCACAAGCUGCGCAACGCACAAAACGAACAACAAAAGGACAGUAUCACCUUGAAACAGGCAAAGAAUAAACGAAAAAGUAAAUGUUGCAGUUGAAAUACACGCAAUUCCUCGACGGUUUUGUGUAGAACGCGCAAUAAAACCACAGUACUCAGCAUAUUUUAAAAAUAUAUAUUAUAUUUAAAAGAAAAACGAAAGCAAAUACAUACCACAUACAUAUAUACAUACGCCAAAAAAAAACAUUAAAUUAUACAACAAAAAACACUAAACCUACCCACAGAACAAACACAGGCGCGAGCACACACCGCACUCGUAUUGGAGUGUGUUAAGGGGCAUGCGAGUUGUAAAAAUGUGUAAUUUUAGGCGCAAUAGGAGCAUUGAUGUGCUACUCACCAUAGUGCACAGUGAAGUUACCAACUUUAGCAGUUGCCAAAGUUAGGCGGUGUGCUAUAUGAGAUGCGGAAACAAAAGUAUGCAUUGUAUAAAAAAACUUUUUGUAAAACAAAAUAAGAAAAUAUCCUAAAAAAUUAAGUCACACUAAAACCACAACUGCAGCAAACUGCAAUAGCGUAGCAUUUUAUAAAAAAAAACACACACACACAGAUAUUUAUGUACAUGUGUGCAUAGAUACCUAUUACCUACGACAUAAUUUAUACAAUAACAUCAAACAAGAAAUAUUUAACGUAUUUUUUAGAAUGCUAAAGGUCAACUAAAGGAACCUUCAAAAUUUAUUUCAUUACUCUAAUGCUUAAAUAGCAACUCAAGUUUGUUAUUCCAAUGCAGCAUCUUUCAACCGGUAUUUACGUAUAUUUAUUUGCCAAACUACGGCGACGAGCAUAAGAAACCCUUCGUUUAUAAAACUGUAUUCAAUUAUUAGUAAAACAAAAAAGUAAAAUACUAAAUAUAAGUGAUAUUACGUCUUACCAUGUCAAAAAAAAGUUGUAUAUCAUUAAUUAUGGCAGUGAUGAAUAUAUUCGAAUGGAAGAGGUAAAUGAA